AUGGAAUCUGAGUCAGGGAGUGGUGAUGCAUCCUUUUGGAAAAGGAUACCUGAUCUUUCAAUUCAAAUGCGAAGGAGACAAGGCAGCUGUAUAGAAGAGGAGCCUGAUGAAGUUAGGCUCUAUGGGUUAUUUCCAGUGGUUUUAUUAGAUCACACAGCUGGAGGGUCAAUCAAGGACGGAAAUUUGAAGUUUUACUGUUUUGCAGGGAACUCUUCAGGCAAUCAACCGAAGGAUAACAAUGUAAGUUUAGCUAGGCGAAAUGAAGCCUUACGUAAAUAUGAACUUUUGACAGAGUUGGAGAACCAUCUUUCCAGCAUCCUUUCUAAACAGAGACAAGUAAACCUAAAAGAGUCGGGUUCUCAAUCCUUGCUUAGACAGGAAUCGGUAGAUGAUACAAAACAGGAAGGCAAUAUCAUGAAUAUGUCCAGUUCUCAUUCCCAAGGUGAAAGUGUUUCAUUGGCCACAGAGUACAGGCUUAGAUCACCAUUUGAUUUGAAAAGUAGGAGUAGAAAGGAUAGGCGUGUUGACAUUGUUCCAGCGUGGUCUUCUGCUGAAGCAUCAUCUGAUGUUAUAUUAACUGAUCAGCCCUCAAAUUCGGAAUGUGAAGAAGUAAGGUCAGACUCUAUUUCCAACGGUGGUCUACAGUCAUCCUUAUGCCAGGCAUCUUCCUCGGGGAAAUCUGUUGCUUUCUUAGGAGGGUAUUGGGAAAACAUUGUCAUGUGCCUGCAGGGGCGGGAACGAGGGUUUAGCUGGCCAUUAGCAUGUUCCAGUGGCGGUUAUGCUGGAAGAAAUCGGGAAAAAUGGAUUCCUUUUCUUGAAGGUUGGAAGUCAAUUGGAAAACAAUUCCAUGGACCUGCUGUCUAUUUCAAACGGAGAUGUUUUACAUCAUGGAUUCCAACUUGGUGUGCCUAUACAUCGAGUGUGGCUGUUGUUCAACCUCCUGGCGGAGCAGAUGUAUGUCCAAAUUAGUUAUUAUAGAUGCAUGACUUUCACUAAUGAGAGGAAGAAUUAAAGAUUUUUUCUUUUUGAGAUGGAAUUUUGAUUCUGAAAAGGAUGAGUGCAGUUCAAAGUACAUUUUACUGUCUUGAAUUUAGGAUAAAGCUUUGCAACACAUGUAAGACAACUUGCUCUUGUAUCUUAAUGGGCCAUGUGCAUUGGUGUUAAAACAUUAGAAUUGAUGAGCCA